AUGGAACCGAAUUCAGAUAAGGCAAACCAACAGGCUCAUGAUGUCGAACACCACGAGAAUAUUGUCGAUCAAAAAGAAACAGCGACUCGGGUAGAUCAGAUCCAAAAAGCUACCCGACGCGAACGAGAGAUGUCAACGUCAACCGCUUUUCGACUUUAUCCAAAAGCAGUUGGCUGGUCCAUCCUGUUGUCCACGACGGUGGUUAUGGAAGGCUACGACCUGCUUCUCAUAACCUCAUUUUUCGCAUUUGAUUCGUGGACAAAGAAAUAUGGAGUGCUUCAGGCUGACGGCACGUACUCUGUGUCCGCUGCCUGGCAGUCCGGACUAUACAACGGAGCCGCCGCGGGGGAAAUCAUUGGUCUCCUCCUCAAUGGAUUUGUUGCGGAGAUAUUUGGCUAUCGUAAGACAAUGUUAGCAGCUCUGGCCUUGAUCACUGGGUUCAUAUUAAUACAGUUCUUUGCGCCAACUGUCGAGAUACUUCAGGUUGGCAGCGUCUUGAUGGGAAUUCCGUGGGGCAUCUUCCAGACCCUGCCGGCAUCAUAUGCCUCUGAAGUCUGUCCUGUAGCCCUCCGUGGCUUGCUCACCACUUAUAUCAACAUAUGCUGGGUGAUGGGCCAGCUGCUAGCCUCAGGCGUUUUGAGAGCGAUGCUCGGAAGAGAGGAUCAAUGGUCAUACCGUAUCCCAUAUGCCUUGCAAUGGGUUUGGCCAGUUCCCCUGAUGGUUGGAAUUGCCUUUGCGCCAGAUUCACCGUGGUGGUAUGUCCGACGCGGCAACACAGAAGGGGCAAAGUCCGCUCUCCGGUCUUUGACAGUUAAACAUGCAGACAACGCCUUGGAUGUCGAUAUCGAUGCAACUGUGGAGGUCAUGGUUUACACGAAUGAGCUUGAGCAAGAGGCAAGCCAAGGUGCGACAUAUUUGGACUGCUUCAGGGGCUACAACCUACGUCGAACUGAAAUUGCGUGUCUUACUUGGGGCGUUCAACAAAUCUGCGGUACAACUUUGAUGAACAACUCCACGUAUUUCUUCCAGCAAGCUGGGAUGGACACCUCCAAUGCCUUCAACUUGACCAUGGCACAGUACGGCAUUGGGUUUGUCGGGGUCUUCCUCGCCUGGUCACUCAUGAUUCAUAUCGGUCGUCGCCAAUUGUAUCUUUGGGGUUUAUUUGUUCUGUCGAUCCUAUUGUUUGGUAUCGGUGUCACUGGCGUAAUCGGUCCAAACCACAGUGCCGCGUAUUGGGCAUCGGGCGCACUGCUCUUGGUCUUCUCCUUUUGCUACCAGGUCACAGUCGGGACAGUAUGUUACUCUAUCGUUUCGGAGAUUUCUUCCGUUCGUCUUCGUUCCAAAACCAUCAGUUUGGCCCGCAACGGGUACAACGUGUGUGCUAUAGUUAGCGGAAUCAUGACUCCUUAUAUGAUUAACCCAACUGCCUGGAAUUGGAAAGCCAAGGCUGGCUUCUUCUGGGCUGGCUCUUGCGUUCUUUGCUUUGUCUGGACUUUUUUCCGGUUGCCAGAAACCAAGGGACGGACAUAUGCAGAGCUUGACAUCCUUUUCGAGCGAAAGGUAAAUGCGAGAAAAUUCUCGACUACUUCAGUUAAUCUGUUCUCUCGUGAAGUCCAAGAAGAAGCCGAUCAUCGCAGAGAUAUAACGUGA